GAAGCAAAUGAUCAAUCAAAUGUAGUUUUCGUUAAUGAGAAGGUUAUUCAAUUUCAACAAAAUCAAGUCAUUCCAACUAUUCCUCAACCACUUUCUAUACUCUCUGCACAACUAGCAAUCGAGUAUAAUGAUGACAAAAUGGCUCAAUGGUUGAGAACAUUUAUUGACCAAAAGAAACGUUCCCUAGCAAAUAAUAAAAGGGAUGAAAUGGUGACUGACGAAUUUAAUGAUAAUGAAAACAAUGAGCCAGCGAUUGCUAAUCCACCAAUCAGUAAACGUAAGGGAAGGUCUGAAACUAAACGAUACAAGUCCAGUAUUGAAAAAGGACGCCGUCAACCAUAUGCUUGUCGUACUUGUGGCAGAAUUGGUCAUAAUAGCGCGAGAU